AUGCUAGCCAAGUGGGGGGCGUUGCGCGAGCUGGAAGAAGCGCUCCAAUCCUUGGCCAAGGUGAGAUCCUUCUUUCCUCCCAUAGCAUUAGUAGAGAUGCCCAAGCAAAUUAAGGAUAUCAAGCAGUUCCUCGAAAUUGCCCGCAGAAAGGACGCCAAGUCUGCUCGCGUCAAGAAGAACGCUGAUUCUGUCAAGUUCAAGGUCAGAUGCUCGAGCUACCUCUACACCUUGGUUGUCAAGGAUAAGUCCAAGGCCAACAAGUUGAGACAAUCUCUUCCCCCUGCUCUCGCCAUCGAGGAGAUCAAAUAA